AGGCUUUCCCUUUCCCGAUCCGUUCCUUCCUCCAGUCGAAGGAGAGCUUGCUCGCCUGCAGGAAGCUGUCCUUCCAGCCAUGGGCAACGAAGCCAGCCUGGAGGGAGGCGAAGGCUUGGCCGGGCUCCCCGAAGGUGUGGCGGGGGGCGCACCUGGCGCCACGCAAGGCGGGUUGCCACAGGGGCCCCCUUUGCAGGGCGCGAUCCCUGCCGCGGUGGAGGCGGAUCUGAGCCAGCUCAGCGAGGAGGAGAGGAAGCAGAUCGCCGCCGUCAUGUCAAGGGCGCAACGGGGGCUGCCCAAGGGGGACCUCGCCGGCCCCACCAGCGCGGAGCCGCUUCCUUCGCAAAGACAUGCUCAGCUUGAUAGCAGCCACCAUCCAAGACAACCAGGUAAGCCUCCAGGUCCUGGGCCACCCACUCUUAGCAAAAGCAGAACAGCAGAUACAUUGAAAACAGAGCUGCGGCCGCCUGGAAAGAGCCUGUCCUCCACGAGUUUGAGACAGUCUAAAUCAAAGACUGAUUUUAAAGAAGAUCAGAAGCCAAGUAUGAUGCCCAGCUUCCUCUCGGAUGCCAAUCCAUUUGGCGCAGUCACGUCAGUUGUAAACAAAUUCAAUCCUUUUGAUUUGAUAUCUGACUCAGAUACAGCCCAGGAAGAUGCCUCAAAGAAGCCGAAGACUAUUCAAAAGGAGCAGGAUAAGCCUGAGCAACAAAAGGGACCCACUAAGCAAACAGCACAACAAUCUCCAAAGCCCACAGGUCCACAACAUGGGGCUGCCAAACCAGCUCCGCAGAAAACAGGACCUUCCAAACCGGCGCAGCAGCAACCACCACCACCACAGCAACCUGGGGUACCUAAGCAGGCUCAGAAACCAGGGCCUAGUCAACCAACAGGUCCACAGACAGAAGAAGCAGAACAACAACCAGGGCCACCAAAAACUCAGUCACAACAACCAGAGUCUACAAAACCUGUUCAGCAGCAGAGCUCUGCAAAACCUUCACCACAACAGCCAGGAACAGCUACAGCAUCCUCACAGCGACAUGAUGAUGCUAAAACAUCUUCUCCAGCACCUUCUCUUGCAAAACGAACUGCCCAGCCAGGGACACCACCCAGUAAGCAGCCAUCCCAGCAGUUAGGAGGGCCUGCAAAGGCUGUCCCCCAGCCAGGAGGGCCCACAAAGCAACCAUCACAACAGCCAGGAGGGCCUGUAAAGCCAGCUCCCCAACCAGCAGGCCCUGCAAAGCAACCAUUGCAGCACCCUGCAGGGUCUGCAAAGCCAUCGGUUCAACAUGGUGGGCCUGCAAAGCAACCACUGCAGCAGGCAGGACCUACAAAAUCUACUGAUCAACAGUCUGGACUUGAAAACCCAUCCCAACAACGACAUGCACCUUCAUCUCAGCCUGGCGGAUCAGUUCCAAAGAAAACAUUUUGCCCACUUUGCACGACCACCGAGUUGCUGCUGCACACUCCUGAAAAGGCCAAUUACAAUACAUGUACUCAGUGUCAAACUAUAGUCUGCAGUCUCUGUGGCUUCAAUCCUAAUCCGCACAUAACAGAGAUUAAAGAAUGGCUUUGUUUAAACUGCCAGAUGCAAAGAGCUUUAGGUGGUGAUUUACCUCCAGUUCAUGGUCCACAGCCCUCUGUACCCAAACAAAAGAUGUCUGCUCCAACUUCAGCAACCAAACCACUUUCCCAGCCACAGCACUCAACGCUGAAGAAAGAUGUUCCUCUAAAACUUGAUGUUACCCAGUCACCUGAACACAAAAAGCCACCAACACAAACAAAAAAACCAACCAUACCCAGUUCUCCUCCUGCAAAAUUCAAACUUCCCUCAGCUGAAAUUCAGCCAACAGAAUCCAUCCCAAAAUCUGACCAGCCCAAGCCGACAUUGGUUGAAGACAAACAAAAGCAAUCUAGUAUUCAGAAACCCACAAGUAGUGUGGUGCCUACACCAUCGUCAGAUUCCAAACAAGAUUCACCUGGCCCCAAAGCUUCAGUGGCUCAACAGAAAGUGAUACAUUCUCAGAGACCAGAGAAGGCCAAAUCAUCUCAAGACACACCUCCACCUGUGAGUAAAGCUGCUCCUCCAGAUUCCAAAGCUUCAUCUCAAGUGUCUCGUCAGAAGUCAGAUCCCAAACUUAUUUCUCAGCCUCGACCUAGUUCAGAUACUAAGGCUCAGAAGCAAGCAGAUCCAGGUGACGUGAAAGAAGACCCUAAGAAAAUGCAACCCCAGAUGAAUCCCAAACCAGAUGCCAAGCAGGCUUCCAAAGGACAACAGCCCACCACAGCCCCCAAACCCAUCCAAGUUCAGCCACAAGCUCAGCAACCUCCAAAAACUCCAGAGCAAUCUAGAUUAUUCAGUCUUAAUAUAGGAGGUAUCACAGACACACCUAAACCACAGCCAACAACCCCUCAAGAAACAGUUACUGGAAAGCUCUUUGGAUUUGGUGCUUCAAUUUUCAGUCAGGCUUCUAAUUUAAUCUCUACAGCAGGCCAGCCAGGAGCUCAUCCACAGGGUCCUCUAUCUGGGUCCCCUUCAAAACAACCCCCUCCUCUGGCACAGCCUCCUGCCUCACAAAAAGAUACCCGUCAACCUCAACCAACUCCCAAAGCAACACCCAUUAAAAAAGAAGCAAAGCCUCCUGGUGCAGAAAAAUCAGAGCCACCCAAAACGGAAAGCAUCUCCACUGUUAAAGAAACAGACACUAAGAAGAAGGCUUUGCCUGCCAAAGACAUCAAGCCUCCAGCUGUUGAAGCUAAGCGAAGUGCUGAUGCACCAGAAAUGGUGCAACCUUCACCGCCAGUAUCAUCUUGCCCUCUCUGUAAAACUGAAUUAAACAUUGGUUCUAAGGAUCCUCCCAACUAUAAUACAUGUACAGAAUGCAAGAACAUAGUGUGCAAUCUCUGUGGAUUUAACCCAAUGCCGCAUAUAACAGAGGUACGUGAAUGGCUGUGCUUAAACUGCCAAACACAAAGAGCAUUAUCAGGACAACUUGGGGACAUGGACAAAACGACACCUCCUAUACUUUCAAAACCAUCACCUCAAAGCCAAGCUAAAUCUGUUGAGUCACCUCACCAGCAGAAGGCUUCAGCCCAAAUGCUGGAAAAACCAAAAGGAGGAGCACAAAUUCAGAAGGAACUUUCAAAGCUUCAGCAGGGCAAAUCACUAAAGGCAAUUUCAGCUGAAAUCCAGGGGGAUAUUCAAAAGGAAGAUUCAAAAGUACAGCAAGAAAAAUUGGCAUCAAUUGAUAAAAUCACUCAAAGCGUUUCAAAGAAAGAUUCAAAAAUUCAGCAGGAAAAAUGGGCAAAAUCACCAUCUGCUUAUCAAAUUCCCAAGGAAGAGCCAAAACUGUCCAUGAAGCCAUCUGCUGAUGAGAUCUCAGAAGACAUUCAAAAGGAAGAGCCAAAGGAGCUGGCAAAAAUAUCUGAUAAAUUUCAGAAGGAAGAUCCAGAGUUUCAGCAGACAAAAUUGGCCAAGACUCCAUCAGCUGACCAAAUUCAGAAGGAAGAUCCAAAGAUCCAGCAAGUGAAAUUGACAAAAACACCAUCAGCUGAUCAGAUUCGAAAGGAAGAUCCAAAGAUCCAGCAAGUGAAAAUGGCAAAAACAUCAUCGGCUGAUCGGAUUCGAAAGGAUGAUCCAAAAAUCCAGCAAGUGAAAAUAGCAAAAACACUUUCAGCUGAUCAGAUUCGGAAAGAGGAGCCAAAGAUCCAGCAGACGAAGUUAGCAAAAACACCUUCUGCUGAUCAGAUUCGGAAGGAGGAGCCAAAGAUCCAGCAGGUGAAGUUGUCAAAAAUGGCAUCUGCUGAUCAAAUUCGAAAGGAGGAUCCAAAGAUUCAGCAGGUGAAAUUGGCAAAAACACAAUCUGCCAAUAAGAUUCUACCAGAAGUUCAAAAGGAAGUUCCAAAACUUCUACAAGAAAAAAUGACAAAAAUACCUUCAGAUGGUGAGAUUAAAAGGGUUGAUCCAAAAUUUCAGCAGGCAAAACUGCCCAAAAUUCCAUCUGCUGAUCAUAUUCAGGAGGAAGACUCAAAAUUACCUCAGGGAAAUAUGAUAAAGACAACCUUUGCUGAUCAGCUUCAAAGGGAUGAUCUGAAACCUCAGCAGGUAAAACUGGUAAAAACACCUUUAAUAGAUCCAUUUCCUUCCAAGACAAGUAGUGACCAGACGCAAGUGACAGCAACACUGGAGGGUGUCACCAAGUUUCCACUUUCAGAGGAGAAACCCCAUUUCCCCAAGACCAAGCGUAAAACAGACAUGGCUGUGGUAGAAGAGCGAUUUACUGAAAGACAACUAGAAACCAAAGAAAUUCCAGAAACGAAGAAGCAGGAAGAGGUUAAAAAAGAGGAUUUAAUUCUAGGCAUUCCAGACACCAUCCCUAAAGAUCAGAAAUCUCAGAGAGAAAGCUCUGCUCAGCCAGUACCUUUGCCAAAACCUGAUCAUGCACUAAGGGAAAAAGCAGAAAAAGAAGAUGACAAAUCAGACACAUCAAGCUCACAACAACAAAAAAGUCCACAAGGUCUAAGUGACACUGGAUACUCAUCUGAUGGGAUCUCAAGUUCACUUGGUGAAAUUCCCAGUCUUAUUCAAAGUGAUGAAAAGGAUAUACUGAAAGAAACAUGCAAAAAAGAAACUGUUUCUCAGGAAAGCACCCCAACCAGUCCUUCUGAUCUUGCUAAGCUGGAAAGCACUGUCUUGUCAAUUUUGGAAGCUCAAGCAAGUUCCCUUGUUGAAGAGAAGUCUGGAAAGACCAAAGAUCUUUACAGUGUUUAUAGUGAACAGGCAAAAGAUCCACAUAAAACAAAGCCUCCACCUAUUACACCAGAAUACAGUUCUGAUGAGGAUUUAGCAAAACCAAAUAUUCAAGAAAAAGGUGGAGGAGAUCCUGCAGAAGGCAGUAAACAAAGCGUACCUUCUCGGAGGGCGUACAAACAGAAGGCAGAGGCAACAGAAGAUGCAACAUCAAGAAGGCAGUGCUAUGACUCUGUCGAAGAUAGCAGUGAAAGUGAGAAUUCGCCUGUUCCACGGAGAAAAAGGCGGACUAGUGUUGGGUCUUCAAGCAGCGAUGAAUAUAAACCAGAAGACAGCGCAGGCUCAGGUGAUGAUGAAGACUUCAUUCGAAAACAGAUCAUGGAGAUGAGUGCUGAUGAAGAUGCUUCAGGUUCUGAAGAUGAUGAAUUCAUUAGGAAUCAGCUGAAAGAAAUCAAUACAAACGAAAAUCACAAGAAGGAAGAAGUGAAGAGUAAAAAAGCAAUAGCUGGAAAACAUAAGAGGAUGACACGCAAAAGUAGCACAGGUUAUGAAGAGGAUCCUGGCAGACGCCAUUCCUGGCAUGAUGACGAUGACGAGACCUUUGAUGAAAGUCCAGAACCAAAAUACAGGGAAACAAAAAGUCAAGACAGUGAAGAAAUCAACGUAAGUGGAGGAGGAGGAGGUCUUCGGCGUUUCAAAACAAUAGAACUUAACAGCACAAUAACAAAUAAAUAUUCUGAAGAAUCUGAAGAACCAAAGAGAAGUCUAUAUUUUGAUGAAGAACCGGAAUUAGAGAUGGAAAGCCUUACAGAUUCACCAGAGGACAGGUCAAGAGGAGAAGGAUCUUCUAGUUUGCAUGCCUCCAGUUUCACUCCAGGCACAUCUCCUACAUCAGUGUCAUCCCUUGAUGAAGACAGUGACAGCAGUCCCAGUCACAAAAAAAUGGGUGGAGAAAGUAAACAGCAUCGCAAAGCCAGACAUCGUACACAUGGUCCUCUUCUUCCAACUAUUGAAGAUUCUUCUGAAGAAGAGGAGCUUAGAGAGGAGGAGGAACUGCUAAAAGAGCAGGAGAAACAGCGUGAGCUCGAGCAACGGAAGAGCUCCAGCAAAAAAUCUAAAAAAGACAAGGAUGAACUCAGAGCGCAGAGGAGACGAGAGCGGCCAAAGACACCACCAAGUAAUCUUUCUCCCAUUGAGGACGCUUCUCCAACAGAAGAAUUGCGUCAGGCAGCAGAAAUGGAAGAACUGCAUCGAUCUUCCUGUUCUGAAUAUUCACCAAGCAUUGAAUCAGACCCUGAAGCUUUUGAAAUCAGUCCAGAAAAGAUAAUAGAAGUGCAGAAGGUUUACAAAUUGCCUACCGCUGUCUCUUUAUAUUCUCCUACAGAAGAGCAGCCAGUUGGGUUUGUCCAAGAAGAGAGCGGUCAAAAGACUUUAAGAAGUGCUGAAGAAGUAUAUGAAGAAAUUCUGCACACGUCCCACAAAACGAAGCCACUUCAAGAUGAAAAUGAAAAAGACGAAGUGUUUGAGAAAGAGCCCUUAUAUGGUGGCAUGCUAAUAGAGGACUAUAUUUAUGAAUCUUUGGUAGAAGAUGCUUACAAUGGGGCUAUGGAGGCUAGCCUCUUGACAAGACAGGAUGAGUGUGAUGAAUUUAGUCGAAUGAAAGACAAAGAGAAAACAACAAAGCCUCCAGAACAGAUAUAUGGAGAACCUAUGCAAAAACCUAUCAAUUUACAAAAAGAUUAUUAUAGGAUAGAGUCUUUGUGUUCAGUUAUGCAUCAAGAAGACAUUGUGACUAGCUCUUAUAUCAUGCCAGAAAGUCAUGAGAUAAUUGUGCUGGACAGUGUGGCACCUACUUCAAGUGAUGAAAAAGAUCUAUUGGAUGCAGAUGCUGCUUAUGAAGAACUUAUGAAGCGACAAAAAAUGCAGUUGACCCCAGGCUCCAGUCCUACCCAGCCAUCUCCUGAAUUAAUUUCUGUCUCAGAUACAAAAACAAGUACAUCCGGAGAGGCAAUAGAUAGCACAUCAAUGACAUCAAGCACUGGUUCACCGAGUUCAGACAUACCUUCAGUAACCUCUUCAGUGCUUCCUAUUCCAGAUGUUAAAAUUACUCAGCACUUUACAACUGAAGAAAUAGAAGAUGAGUAUCUUACAGAUUAUGCCCGGGAGAUCAAAGAAAUAAUUUCCCAUGAGACAUCCAUAUUGACAUACUCAGAGGACUUAGAAAGUGCCACAUCCAUUAUACCAUCUGAUACAUCUUCCCUUACAUCGUCCACAUCUUCAAUUUACACCACUGGUAGUUCUUCACCUGUGACUGGAGCAGAUGGCAUAGUUUCAGGUUACAUAGAAACAGUGGAUGCUAUUAGCAAAUUACCAGAUUCAGAAGGGACCAGCUCAGUGACCCAAGUUCCUGUAAGUUCCACAAAAGGGUACUCUGAUGUUGUGUUACCUGCUAAGGAGACCCUUGUAGCCAAAGAUAUAAUGCAUGUAGAUCAGGUUGUGGUUUCCAUGCCUGAAAUCGACUCCUUUGUAUCGGCAUCUGUAGAAACAAAACCCAAGCCCCUUGUUUAUGGUGCCUUGGACAUCUUCCUACCAGAAGAAGAAAAAGCUAUAAAAGAUGCAGCAAAGUUUGAUGUUGUGAAGGGGCAUUAUGAAGACAACCAGGCAAGAGCUCCUAUUAUCAUAACAAGAAAAGCUUUAGCAGAUGCUACAUCUGAACAGACAUUUGCUUGUACAGCUCCAGUUAAAGAGCCAGCACCAGUAUCAUCCUCUGUUACUGCAUCCAUGUUGCCAUCUUCAGUUUCUCCAAUUCCUGCUGUUACAUCCCGAACAUUCUUAUUUUACAAAAGCUCUUCUUUUGACUCUGCUGCUCAGCCAUCUCUGCCACCUCCCCCUCCUCCUCCCCCACCUCCCCCACCUAUUCUGCCCAAGCCAGCUAUUUAUCCUAAAAAGAAACCACUGGCUAAGGCUCCAGAAACAACUCCCACCCUAGUACUAUCUGUCAACAGUGUCAAAACAGCAGAGGCAGCAACUGCUAUAAAAACCACUGGGCCACGUGUCACAAAAACAUACACAUCAACACCUCCUCCUGUUCCUCCCAAACCAGCUUCAAUUCCAGCAGGACUUGUGUUCACUCACAGACCUGCUGAACUAAUAAAGCCUCCUAUUGCUCCCAAACCAUCCGUUCCUCAGCUACCAACAACUGUUCAUAAACCAGCAGAAACACAACCAAAACCAGCAGGUUUGUCUUUAACCAGCAGUAUGACUUUAAACUUGGUUUCCCCUGCAGAGUAUAAGUUGGCAUCCCCUACUUCCCCAUUGUCUCCACAUUCUAAUAAAUCUUCCCCAAGAUUGUCCAAAUCUUCAGGGGAAACCUAUGUUGUUAUCACAUUGCCCUCUGAGCCUGGAACUCCAACAGAAUCUACUGCAAGCCAGGCAAUUACCAGUUGGCCUUCAGGAUCACCCCCUAAAGAACAGGGUCUGCAGAGCGCGCAAUCAUUCUUCACUCCAUCUUUGACUGCACUGCAAAUGCAAAGCAUAAGUGAUCAAAGCAAAUGUGUCCCACAUGCUUUGCAAACUAUUUCAUCCAUUCCUGUCACUGCACGAUCCAUUUAUGAGAUAGUCCCUAGUUCAGCAACAGAAUUAAUAACAACGCAGGUUGCCAGGACUACUGUGUCUUUGGUAAAAAAUGCUGGAUUGGGUUGUGUUUCCAUAACUAUACCCCCAGAGCCAGCACAUAUAAUAGAACCACCAGUAUAUAGAGAGAAUGGGAGAUUCCAUGUCUUUGGUGAUGUUAUUGAUCUUCGCACCUUGACCAAAAUGGACACUGAAAGGACAGAUAGCUGUAUGGACCUAUCUGCUCCUGCCACAGAUGUGAGAAGGCAAAUUGUGGCAAGUGACACAUCUGGUCAGCCAGUAAGCUCUGUUCAACCAGCUAUCAUAAAUCUCAGCACUGCAUCAACAGCUGGUACCUCUUUAGCUUCAGUCACUGAAACAAUUACAGUAGUGACCUGCACAGCUACUGUAAGUUAUAGUACAAGUACAGAAAGUCUUGCAGAUCUGGGGCAUGCAUUGGCAACUCCACUGCAGCUAACAUCAUCAAAACAUUUUGAGCCUGGACCUAGAGUAACUGGCAUCCAGGCACUCUCUGCAGAUAGAGAUGAGGUGCCAAUAAAUUUAUCCUUGGGUACUCCGGCACAUGCAGUCACAUGGGCCUCUGCAAAGCUUGUUCCUACAUCUCCUGUGGGUGUAACCAAUGGUUGGACUGAUGUGUCCACUACUCAUGAACUAAUGGAGAGUGGAGUAGUUGAUCUCAGCACCACAAAAUCCCACAGAACCAUGGUGACAGUGGAUGAAGCAACUUCAGGAAUUGUCACCACUGUAAUAGAAGACGAUGAAAAACCUGUGGACCUGACUCCAGGCAGAAGGGCUGUUUGUUGUGAUGUUAUUUACAAGUUACCAUUUGGCAGGAGCUGCACAGCUCAAGCUCCUGCUACAACACUACCUGAAGAUCGUUUUGGUUACAGAGAUGAUCACUAUCAGUAUGACCGUUCAGGGCCCUAUGGUUAUAAAGGAAUUGGCGGUAUGAAGCCUUCUAUGUCAGAUACUAAUUUAUCAGAAGCUGGACUUUUUCUGUACAAAAGCAAGAAUACCUUUGAGUAUCAAGUUGAGGCAACUGAUGUAGCAGUAGACUUAACUUCUGGCAGAGUAACAACAGGUGAAAUUGUGGAUUACUCAAGCAAGAUUACUGGUCCUUACCCAGAGACUCGGCACGUGAUUUCUGGCAUUGGAAUCAAUGCACCUCAGUAUUCCCAAGCAAGAAUGGUACCAUCUAUAGGAUCCUCUUAUGGCAUUGGGAGCGUUUUAAGAUCAUGUAAUGGGGUUGUUUAUUCAUCAGUUGCAACUCCAAUCCCAUCUACAUUUGCUAUCACCACACAGCCUGGCUCUAUUUUUAGUACUUCAGUUAGAGACCUAAAUGCUCUUCAGACAGUUGACACAAUGCCCUCUUUGUCAAACUUACAACAUAGCCAGGCACUUCCAAGGUCAUAUAAUUUCUUGACAACUGUAGCCGCUGAAAAAGAUGGUGCAAUUACUGGCAUUGACAUUGACCCAGUGUUACAACCUCUUUCUAUGGAAGCCAUUGCUAGUGAACCAGCCAACUUGAUGCCUGUCUUCACUGCAGCUUCUGAAGCUUUUGUGGACGUAAUUGAGGAUGAAGCUACACCCCUAAUUGCCCCUGAAGAAGGCAAACAGCAGCACCUUGACUUAGAACGUGAGCUUCUGGAGCUUGAAAAACUGCAGCAGCAGCGUUUUGCAGAGGAGCUAGAGUGGGAACGUCAAGAAAUUCAAAGGUUCAGAGAACAAGAGCAGUUCAUGGUGCAAAAAAAGCUUGAGGAAUUGCAUUCUAUGAAGCACCACCUCCUAUAUCAGCAAGAAGAAGAGAGGCAGGCUCAAUUCAUGAUGAGACAAGAAACAUUAGCCCAGCAGCAACUGCAUAUUGAACAAAUCCAGCAACUUCAGCAGCAGCUCCACCAGCACUUGGAAGAGCAAAAAAUCCACCAGAUCUAUCAGUAUAAUUAUGAUCCUUCUGGAACUGUGUCCCCACAGACAACCGCAGAUCAAGUCAUUCUUGAAGGUCAGUAUGCUGCUGCUGCUGCUGCUGCUGCUGCUGCCAAUGGCCAGUUUUGGGCUGGUGAUGAAGCCACUACCACUGCUUCUGCUGUACUGGGAAUUGAAAUUCCACAAAGCCAAGCCUGGUACACAGUUCAAUCAGAUGGUGCAUCUCAGUACAUUCCCAGGCCUGGCCUGCUAAGUUCAGUUUCAGAGAUGUCUCUUAAAGACAUUGAUGUCAGAGAGGAAAAACAGUUGAAAAAGAGGAGCUCCAUGCCAAAGCUGCGUGGCCCAUAUGAGGAACUUGAUGAAACCUUGGAAGAAGAGCCUAGGUGUCUUAAAAAAAUAGUGGAGAGUGGUGUUCAAACUGAUGAAGAGGACAGUGCAGAUGUGGGCUACACAGACAGGAGGAGGAGAACUAAAAAGAGUGUUGAUACAAGUGUUCAGACAGAUGAUGAGGACCAAGAUGAAUGGGGUCCUAUCAACAGAUCAAGAAGAAAAACCCGUGUUGGGAAAUAUGAAGGUACCACUGAGGUGGACAAGGCUAAGCCAUUUCCCCAAGUAUCCAGUAUUGCAGUGCAGACAGUGGCAGAGAUUUCUGUACAAACAGAGCCAGUAGGGACAAUACGGACCCCUUCAGUAAGGGCCCAGGUAGAUGCAAAGAUAGAAAUCAUAAAACAUAUUUCAGCUCCAGAAAAGACGUACAAAGGAGGAAGUUUGGGAUGUCAGACAGAAACAGAUUCAGACACCCAAAGCCCCCAAUACCUGACAGCCACCUCUCCUCAGAAAGAUAAAAAGCGCCCAACACCAUUAGAAAUAGGUUAUUCUUCACAUCUCCGACCAGAACCCACGCUUCAAGUGGCCCCUUCCCCUCCCAAAUCACCCAAAGUCCUUUAUUCCCCCAUCUCACCUGUAUCUCCAGCUGCAGUUAUAGAGUCAGCCUUUGUACCAUAUGAAAAACCUAUUCCUGAAGACAUUAGUCCUCAGAAGAUUCUGCAUACUGAUGUCACCAAGAUUCCUCAGCUGAGCCCAAAGUCCACCAAGCUGAUGCAGCGCUCUUUGUCUGACCCUAAGCCUCUGAGCCCAACAGCCGAAGACCCCACCAGAGCCCAUUUCCAGUACACUGAUGGUUUUUUGACUAAAGGAUCUUCAAGUGUAGCACCAUCAGGAAUGCAAAAGAAGGUCAAGAGGACUCUCCCCAACCCACCUCCAGAAGAUGUUGCAGUAGGAACACAAUCAGCCUUCACCACUGUGGGGUCAGUUUCACGCCGAAGGAUCUGUAGGAGCAGUACCAUGGCUAGAGCUAAAAUCCUCCAGGAUAUUGACAGAGAGCUGGAUCUGGUAGAGCGAGAGUCAGCCAAGCUCCGUAAAAAGCAAGCAGAGUUAGAUGAGGAAGAGAAAGAAAUAGAUGCAAAACUUCGGUAUUUAGAAAUGGGCAUAAAUCGACGAAAAGAAGCAUUGCUAAAAGAAAGAGAAAAGAGGGAACGUGCCUAUCUUCAAGGGGUAGCAGAGGAACGUGAUUAUAUGUCUGACAGUGAAGUUAGCAGCACCAGGCCUACUAGAAUAGAAUCUCAGCAUGGUUUGGAAAGACCACGGACGGCACCCCAAGCAGAAUUUGACCAAUUUAUACCCCCACCGACCCAACCAGAAAGUCAGUUUGCAACUCCUACAAGCCCUUAUACUCAGUAUCAGUACUCUUCACCUGCCCUUCCUACUCAAGCACCAACUCAGUACACCCAGCAAUCUCAUUACCAGCAACAGCAGCCUUUAUAUCAACAGCAGGUUUCUCCUUAUCAGACCCAGUCAGCAUUCCAAACUGUGGCAACCAUGUCCUUUACACCCCAAGCUCAGCCACCACCAACCCCACAGCCUGCCUAUCAGCUCUCGUCACAAUUAAUGGUUAUUCCACAAAAAACAAGGCAAACUUCAUUAUAUCUGGAACCUAAGAUAACAACAAACUAUGAUGUGAUUCGCAAUCAGCCUCUCAUGAUAGCCCCUGCAUCAUCAGAUGCCACGUAUGCAGUGUCCCAUUUGGGUAGUAAAUACAGCACCUUGGACUUAAGAAUGGGGCUGGAUGAGAGGAGUAGUAUGGCCAGUAGUCCUGUCUCAAGCAUAUCUGGUGACUCAUUCUAUGCAGAUAUUGACCAUCACACACCACGUAAUUAUGUGCUGAUUGAUGACAUUGGAGAGCUCACUAAAGGAACAUCAGCUCUGAGCUCUGCUUAUGGUCUACAUGAGAAAGAUCUAACUAAAACUGAUCGGCUCCUUCGAACAACUGAGGCCCGGAGGGUGCAAGAAGUCUCAGAUUUCCUUGCACCACUGCAGACUUCUUCACGGUUGCCCAGCUACAUGAAAACUGAUGAAGACCCAAUGGAAGACCCUUAUGAGCUGAAACUUCUAAAGCAUCAGAUCAAGCAGGAAUUCCGAAGGGGUGCUGAAAGCUUAGACCACCUGGCAGGCCUUUCACAGUAUUAUCAUGCAGAUACUAGCUACAGACAUUUCCCCAAAUCUGAGAAAUAUAGUAUCAGCAGGCUCACCUUAGAGAAACAAGCUGCCAAACAGCUUCCAGCAGCGCUCCUUUACCAGAAGCAGUCAAAGCAUAAGAAAGCCUUGAUAGAUCCCAAAUUGUCUAAAUUUUCACCCAUUCAGGAAAGCAGGGACCUUGAGCUUGAUUAUUCAACCUACUUGACUUCCAGCACAUCAUCUCUUGGGGGCAUUACUUCCAGAGCGAGGCUUCUCCAGGAUGAUAUAACAUUUGGCCUUCGAAAAAAUAUAACCGAUCAACAAAAGUAUAUGGCACCAACCCUAACACAUUCUCUUGGUACCAGCCUCGGGGCUGCACUGAGUGCAACAAUGAGAUCUACAUUGCAUGAUGAUUCUGACAAAUCCUACAGCAGUGGCAGUAGAUCCAGACCUUCUUCUCGACCAUCAUCAGUCUAUGGGCUUGACUUAUCACUAAAAAGAGAUUCAUCAAGCUCUUCUUUAAGACUGAAAGCCCAAGAGGCUGAACCAUUAGACAUUUCUUUCAGCCACGCAACCCCUUCUGGAAGAACUAAACCCACAAGUCUACCUAUAAGUCAGAGUAGGGGCCGAAUCCCAAUAGUAGCACAGAAUUCAGAAGAAGAGAGUCCUUUAAGUCCUGUGGGCCAGCCAAUGGGAAUGGCAAGAGCAGCAGCUGGGCCAUUGCCACCUAUAUCUGCAGACACUAGGGACCAGUUUGGAUCAAGCCAUUCAUUGCCCGAAGUUCAACAGCACAUGAGGGAAGAAUCACGAGCUCGGGGCUAUGACCGGGAUAUAGCGUUCAUCAUGGAUGACUUCCAGCAUGCCAUGUCAGACAGUGAAGCCUAUCACCUGCGCCGGGAAGAAACAGAUUGGUUCGACAAACCCCGGGAAUCUCGUCUGGAGAAUGGACAUGGUUAUGACAGAAGACUACCAGACAAACUAGCUCACUCGAGACCACCAAGUCAACAUCAAGAUCAAAUUAAUGGGAAGCCUAUCCAAUACAUCUUUCCCCAUGCAAGGCUGAAAUUACCGAGGGACCCAAAGGAUCACUCAGUUUCAGGCAAUGGACUUGGGAUCCGAAUUGUAGGUGGAAAAGAAAUUCCUGGAACCAAUGGAGAAAUUGGAGCUUACGUUGCUAAGAUCCUACCUGGUGGAAGUACUGAGCAAAUUGGGAAACUUGUGGAAGGGAUGCAGGUGCUGGAAUGGAAUGGCAUUCCCUUGACUGCCAAAACAUACGAAGAAGUCCAGAGUAUCAUCAGCCAACAGAGUGGGGAAGCAGAAAUAUGUGUAAGACUGGAUCUCAAUAUGCUGUCAGAUGGCGAGAAUCUACAACAUCUGGAAUUGCUUGAGCCAGGAAAGACUGUGGAGAAAACAAAGUCCCCAGGGGUUGAUCCUAAGCAACUGGCUGCAGAGCUGCAAAAGGUUUCUCUGCAACAGGCCCCGUUGAUUGCCUCCUCAGGAAUGGAAAAGGGUCCCCAUGCUCAUUCUGGAACAACAUCAGCCAACUCUAGCUCUGUUCCCAGCCCUGGUCAGCCUGGGUCUCCCUCAGUCAGCAAGAAGCGGCACAGUAGCAAGCCCACUGAAGCUGCAAAGGCUGGUUCCCAUCCAAUUACUGGAGAGAUACAGCUUCAAAUCAACUAUGACAAGCACCUUGGUAAUUUGAUCAUUCACAUUCUUCAAGCAAGGAACCUUGCUCCCCGUGACAACAAUGGCUAUUCUGACCCAUUCGUCAAAGUUUAUCUUCUACCAGGAAGAGGCCAAGUCAUGGUUGUCCAGAAUGCAAGUGUCGAGAACAAGAGGAGGACUAAAUAUGUGCAGAAAAGCUUGAAUCCUGAAUGGAACCAGACAGUCAUUUAUAAAAAUAUCUCCAUGGAGCAGCUAAAGAAGAAAACCCUGGAAGUUACUGUCUGGGACUAUGAUAGAUUUUCCUCCAAUGACUUCCUUGGUGAGGUAUUAAUUGAGCUAUCUGGUGCCUCUCAGUUGGACAAUACUCCUCGGUGGUACACUCUGAAGGAACAGAGUGAAAGUAUUGACCAUGGGAAAUCCCAUUCUGGACAGAGCAGCCAGCAGUCCCCCAAACCAUCUGUCAUCAAGAGCAGAAGUCACGGGAUUUUCCCUGACCCGUCAAAGGAUAUGCAGGUGCCCACCAUUGAGAAGUCCCACAGCAGUCCAGGAAGCUCCAAAUCUUCCUCGGAAGGACACCUGCGCUCUCAUGGACCAUCCCGCAGCCAAAGCAAAACCAGUGUCACUCAAACUCACCUUGAAGAUGCUGGGGCAGCCAUCGCCGCUGCUGAAGCAGCUGUCCAACAGCUUCGCCUUCAACCAACAAAGCCUACCAACCACCGACCGGGAGAAAGUUCAGUCUCCUCCACUGGUUCAUCAGCCAGUACCUUUGGCAGCGGAUACAGUAUGGAUAGUGAAGGAAGCAGCAGCAGCACCACCACUGGGGACAGCAAUCUGUUUCCUAUUCCAAGAAUAGGAAAGAUGAGCCAGAAUGGACAAGAACCAGUGAAGCAAACAGGAGUGGGAUUAACAGAGACUGAAGGUAAAACCCAGGUGAUGGGUGAAAUCAAGAUUGCUUUAAAGAAGGAAAUGAAGACUGAUGGAGAACAGCUCAUAGUGGAGAUCCUUCAGUGCAGAAACAUCACCUACAAGUUUAAAUCUCCAGAUCACUUACCAGAUCUGUAUGUGAAGCUGUAUGUUGUCAACCUUGCAACUCAAAAGCGAGUAAUUAAGAAGAAAACAAGAGUAUGCAGACAUGACCGAGAACCUUCAUUCAAUGAAACAUUUCGAUUCAGUUUGAGUCCCACUGGACAUUCUCUCCAGAUACUCCUUGUUUCUAAUGGAGGAAAGUUUAUGAAGAAGACCUUGAUUGGUGAGGCAUAUAUCUGGCUUGACAAAGUGGACCUCAGGAAAAGGAUAGUAAACUGGCACAAACUUUUGGUCAGCUCAACACAAACACAUUGAGGAAGAAUUUCUUCUUGGGGCAGCGAGCCUUUGCAAACUCUGCUUGUGUGAUUCCAAGACUCUACUUUGAUAUUGUGUUUAGCUAGGCUUUCAGAAUAUGAAGUAGGAGGAGCAAGUACUGGGCUACUUAGCACACUUUCAUGAGGGCUAGUCAACUUGUUUUGCUGUGUUUUUUAAAAACAAAACAGCAAAGCAAAAUAAACCACCCACCUUAGGCCCAGAAAUUAAAACAAGUCUGCUUGAAAAAGAAGACUUAUGUGAGGAUUCUGUGAUGUUAGAAUCUUUGUGGCUAUGAAAAAAAAGAAUAACACCCAUGCAAUUGAAGGCUGGUGUUAAUGCACAGAAUUAGGGUGUAGCCGUAAGCAGAGUCUCUGAGAGAGCAAUCUGGCUCACAGUGCAAUCAGAUAGGAGAUCGUGUUAUGCAAAAGCACCAAGGUGACUGCCUUUCCAGGUCUCACUUAUCAGAAGAUUCUACCAUGUUCUUCUGCAUCUCAGAAUAUAUUUACUAAAAUGAGAUGAUGCCCAAGGAGGCAAAUGUCAGGAUAUUUUAUUUUAUUUAAAUGGUGACAAUGUUUCUCUUUCAUGUUAUUUUUUUCUUUGCUAAUUAUAUGCUUUGCAGUAUAAAUUGAGAAUGAUAUCCUGUGUUUUCCCAUGUUAGUCAUGUAGAAUUACCAUGUUGGAAGUACGGAAAACACACAAAUAAUUGUCAGUUUGGAAGGGUAAAAGAAUUUGAGGGCAAUUGGGACCAUAUCAUGAAAAGAGAAAUUAUAUUUAUUAUGUGGAAGAAAAUGCAGUUCAGCCUACCAUAAACUACUAUUUUCAGUAGUUUACCAGAAUGAAAUUGAUUCUAAGGGCUUUUGAGCACUUCAAUGAUUAUUGUUGCUUCAGUCUGUCUUACUUUUGUGAACGUCAUAAGGUUGAUGUUUCAGUCUAGUAUGAAGUAGUCCACAUGUUAGAACAAGUUAUACCAUUUAUGUGAUUAUAUAUUACUAACCUCAUCCACAUGAAAUAGCAUACAUUCUGUUCACAAGCAGGAUUCCACUUAGGAAGAUAACAUCACUGAAAGAAAGACUUUGCAUUUUAAGAUCAAACUUUGUGUAUAAAAUUAAGUAUCCAUUCCCAGUGAUUUCUAACCCUGCAACAUUCACUGCCAU